UCCUAUUUCCCACCAUGUCUUGCGGUCGUUAAACCGCCGGUUCCUCUCGAUUCUGUUUUCGUCUGGAGAGCACAGAGUCGUCACAGGUCAAGCGAGUGAACCUAGGGUUUACUCUCUGCCGGGAAAAUUGAUACCCGCGGACUGUGACGGUGCGGGAAAUUUUCGAAUGACCGCUUCUGGAAUGUUCUGAUCGGGCUUUGUAGUGGGACCUAAUUAACCGCUAGGGCUGUCGGGUGGAACUCCAACAGCAGUUAGAGGUUUAUGAGCACGAGAUCCCGGGACCCGAUACAGUGCUUUCCUUGUUGGUGGUGGUACAUUUCUGUGAGCUUUGAAACCUUUCUCUUCGGCUUCUGUAAGGACUUGACAUUGGGCUGUAAUGGAAGAUGGUCAAAGGACUUACUGAGUUCUUGGCCAGAGGAUGAUUGCUUUUUGACAUCCUACAAAAACGAUGCGAUAUAUAUGUCUGCAAUAUUUAGUUGCACAUUUCAUGCUUUUUGGCCUGUUCCCUAUCCUUUUUUGUGUUCUUUCCCUAGUUAACUUGCGAUGGUUGGAGUCGCAACUAAGUGGAUGGAUCUCACUCUAAAAUGUGCUGUUAUACUGAUGUUUCUUAGGUUUGCAAGUGCCUCUGCUACCAAUAGUGAUUUUGGGCGGUGUGAAAGAAUUGUCAAAAGGUGGGCUUCUUCUGCUGUUGAUUUAGAAGUUAAAGAUGACAAACAUACACUUCAAGAUUUUUUGUUUUUCCUCCAUGUCCCAAGAACUGGAGGGCGCACAUACUUCCACUGUUUCUUGAGAAAGUUGUACUCCAGUUCUCAGGAAUGUCCCAGAUCUUACGAUAAGCUACGAUUCGAUCCUAGCAAACCAAAGUGCAGGUUGUUGGUUACUCAUGAUGACUAUAGCAUGAUGUCUAAAUUUCCAAGGGAAAAACUUUCAGUGGUGACAAUACUUAGAGAUCCAGUUGACCGUGUAUUUAGUACCUAUGAAUUUUCAGUUGAGGUAGCAGCAAGGUUUUUGGUGCAUCCUAAUUUAACUUCCGCCACCCGGAUGUUUGGACGCUUGGGCCCUAAGACUAAUGGAAUUAGUACACUGGACAUAUGGCCUUGGAAGUAUUUGAUUCCUUGGAUGAGAGAAGAUCUGUUUGCUCGGAGAGGUGCUAGAAAGCAAAGAGGUUCAAAUGAUGUAAGGAGUAAUGAUUCCUAUGAUAUGAAGGAAGUUGUGAUGCCAUUGCAUGAAUACAUCACUGACCCUACUGCACUUGACAUUGUUCACAAUGGAGCAACGUACCAGGUUGCAGGAUUGACAAACAACUCUUAUUUUGCUGAGUCACAUGAAGUGCGCCAUUGUGUGCAGAAACAUAGGAUUCUUGGGGACUACGUACUUCAAGUUGCAAAGAAGAGGUUGGACAAUAUGUUGUAUGUUGGUCUUACUGAAGACCAUAGAGAAUCUGCAACGAUGUUUGCAAAUGUUGUUGGUGCACAGGUAAUUUCUCAGCUGGAAGCGUCAAACUCUAGUAUGGAGAGCAUAACUGACAAGAAAUCAGCACAAAUCUCUUCUUUUUCCGCUGCUGACGUUAGUAUUAAUGGUCAUAAGAGACAGAGUGGCUCUAUAGAGCAUAUUGGAAGGGAGAAUUCUACAGAUGCCGAAGCAGAUAAAGAAAAUAUGACUGUGGAGAAACUUAUGGGGGCUUAUGAAUCCUGCAUUUCUAAUCUACGGAAGGCCCAAUCACAACGUCGAACUAAUUCUCUGAAGAGAAUCUCCCCUGUAAAAUUUUCAAAAGAGGCUCGUCGUCAGGUUCCUGAGGUGGUGCUCCAGCAAAUAAGAUCACUUAACAACCUCGACUUGGAGCUCUACAAGUAUGCCCAAGUUAUUUUUAGAAAACAGCAUGAAAAUUCCCUGCAAAAGUUGAGUUCCAUAGAGAGGUUGGAGAACAUGUUCGGUGAUUCAGGUGGCUUCACACUCUGGGAACUCGCCUUCGCCUUUUCCAUUGUUAUAAUCUUUGUAGUCGGCAUUGUAUUCGUAAAUGCAAGAAGAACAACUUUGAAAGUUAAGAUAUGAAUGAAGUUUCAUUACAGAUUAUAUGGUAGAAGCCAUUUGGUUGGACUGGCUAUAUGUGCUGUUUUCCAUGUGCAUUGUAGAUUACAAUUUGAACCUAUUAAUACGUGUUGCUUCAUUCUUCUA